CUCUCUCGAUCCCGACAGUUGUAUGCUUCUCAAGUUAUUCUGCCUCAUGAACAUGCUGUAUCAGUACGCUCCUAUGCCAAAGAAGCUGCUCCGUCCAAGCUACCUCCCCUUAAAGGAGAUGAGAUGCUGAAGAACAUCUUCUAUGAGGUAAAGAACAAGUUUGAGACAGCCCUUGGGAUACUGCGAAAGGAAAAGAUCACAAUUGAUCCUGAUGAUCCGGCAGCAGUGGCUCAGUAUGCAAAGGUUAUGAAGACUAUUAGGGAAAAAGCAGAUUUGUUCUCAGAAUCCCAACGAAUUAAAUACACCAUUGAACAACAAACACAGGGCAUUCCUGAUGCUCGGACAUACUUGUUGACGCUACAAGAGAUACGAAUCAAGAGUGGCCUCACUGAUGACCUAGGUGCUGAGGCUAUGAUGAUGGAAGCAUUAGAGAAGGUUGAGAAAGAGAUCAAGAAGGCACUUAUGAGGUCUGACAAGAAGAACAUGGGUCUUCUUUUAGCUGAGUUUGACAAGAUCAACAAAAAGCUUGGCAUUAAAAAGGAAGAUCUUCCCAAGUAUGCGGAAGAGCUGGAACUGAAAAUUGCCAAAGAGCAAUUGCAGGAGCUAAAGAAGGAUGCUCUGGAGGCAAUGGAGACCCAGUUGAAGAGGGAGGAAUUCAAGGAUGAGCAGAUGGUAGACGUGAAAUCACUGGACAUACGGAACUUCCUCUGAGAUUUUUAUGUCUUUUAUGAUCAAAACCUUGAGGGCUUUGUCCCUUUUCUCUGUCUUCCCCCAUAUUUUCUAAGAAGUGCGUUGCUAGCAGCAAUAUUGAAGAAAUGCUGCUUAGCGGGCUUUCUUUGAUUUUGUAAUAAAACAACAGCCAAAUAAGCCGCCAGUCAUACCUAUGGGCACUAGAGUUUGGUUUUCAGUUUAUUUCUUAAUUAUAUUUUGGAUUUAUGGAGUGUUGCUUGCACA